AUGGCAGCGGGAGUGGCGGCUUGGCUGCCCUUCGCCCGGGCGGCCGCGAUUGGCUGGAUGCCCGUGGCCAACUGCCCCAUGCCCCUCGCCCCCCGGGAGCAGAGCAAGAGGCAGGACGAGUUCAUCAUCCUCAACGUCAGCGGGCGGCGCUUCCAGACCUGGAGGACCACCCUGGACCGCUACCCGGACACCCUGCUGGGCAGCUCCGAGAAGGAGUUCUUCUACAACGAGGAGACCAAGGAGUACUUCUUCGACCGCGACCCGGACGCGUUCCGCAGCGUGCUCAACUUCUACCGCACGGGCAAGCUGCACUACCCGCGGUACGAGUGCAUCUCGGCCUACGACGAGGAGCUGGCCUUCUUCGGCAUCAUCCCGGAGAUCAUCGGCGACUGCUGCUACGAAGAGUACAAGGACCGCAAGCGGGAGAACGCGGAGCGCCUCAUGGACGACCAGGAGGACAACAAGGACAGCAAGCUGCCCAACAUGACCUUCCGCGAGACCAUGUGGCGGGCCUUCGAGAACCCGCACACCAGCACCAUGGCGCUGGUCUUCUACUACGUCACCGGCUUCUUCAUCGCCAUCUCCGUCAUCACCAACGUGGUGGAGACUGUGCCGUGCGGCGCCACGCCCAGCCAGAAGGACAUGCCGUGCGGGGAGCGCUACACGGUGGCCUUCUUCUGCAUGGACACGGCGUGCGUGAUGAUCUUCACCGUGGAGUACCUGAUGCGCCUGUUCGCCGCGCCCAGCCGCUACCGCUUCAUGCGCAGCGUGAUGAGCAUCAUCGACGUGGUGGCCAUCCUGCCGUACUACAUCGGCCUGGUCAUGACCAACAACGAGGACGUGAGCGGCGCCUUCGUCACGCUGCGCGUCUUCCGCGUCUUCCGCAUCUUCAAGUUCUCCCGCCACUCGCAGGGGCUGCGCAUCCUGGGCUACACGCUCAAGAGCUGCGCCUCGGAGCUGGGCUUCCUGCUCUUCUCCCUCACCAUGGCCAUCAUCAUCUUCGCCACCGUCAUGUUCUACGCCGAGAAGGGAUCGAGCUCCAGCAAGUUCACCAGCAUCCCGGCCUCCUUCUGGUACACCAUCGUAACCAUGACUACCUUAGGUUAUGGAGACAUGGUGCCAAAGACCAUCGCGGGGAAGAUCUUCGGCUCGAUCUGCUCGCUGAGCGGGGUGUUGGUAAUAGCCCUGCCCGUUCCCGUCAUCGUGUCCAACUUUAGCCGCAUCUAUCACCAGAACCAGAGAGCAGACAAGCGGCGGGCACAGAAGGUACAGAAAGCCAGACUGGCCAGGAUACGAAUAACCAAGGCUGGCAGCGCCAACGCCUUCCUGCACAGCAAGCGCAAUGGGCUGCUAAAUGAGCUAGCACUACUAACGCAAAUCCCAUAUAAAGCUGCAAGCACAGGCUGGGGAGGCACAGAUGGUGACGAUCAUCAGGCGAAUAAGAGCAGAUCUCUACUGGAGAGCCAACACCACCACCUACUGCACUGUCUGGAGAAAACCACGGCCCACGAGUUUGUGGACGAGCAGAUGUACGAGCAGAACAGCCUGGAGGGGGCGCUGCAGCAGCACUACCACUCCCGCAGCCCCUCCCUGUCCAGCCCCGGGGCCACGCUGGGCACCUGCUGCUCCCACCGCGGGGGCAAGAAGAGCACCCACCUGCCCAACUCCAGCGCCGCCCCGCCGCCCCACCAGCACAGCCUGCAGGAGCUGAGCACCAUCCACGGCCAGGCCGGGGCCCACAUCACCCGCAGUACCAGCCGCUCCAGCCUCAACAUGAAGCCGGACAACGGGGCCCGUCUGAACUGCAGGGGGGGGCAGAUCACCACGGCGAUAAUCACCAUGCCCGCCCCCCCAGCCCCCGCCCCCGAGAGCGACGGCCAGCGGCUCCCCCGCCCCGCCCCCCCCUGCUCCAACGUCGUCAAGGUGUCCGCUCUGUGA